GCGCCUGCGCUCUGAGAGGCGGCGCUGCGUGGAGCGGGUGGACUACGGGGCGGCUUCUAUUUCUCAGUGUAUCCGGGAGCUGUCGCCACCAUGAGUCGUAACUACAACGAUGAGCUACAGUUCUUGGACAAGAUCAAUAAAAACUGCUGGAGGAUCAAGAAGGGCUUCGUGCCCAACAUGCAGGUUGAAGGAGUGUUUUAUGUGAAUGAUGCUCUGGAAAAACUGAUGUUUGAGGAAUUAAGGAAUGCCUGUCGGGGUGGUGGUGUUGGUGGCUUCCUGCCGGCCAUGAAGCAGAUUGGCAAUGUGGCAGCCCUGCCUGGGAUAGUUCAUCGGUCUAUUGGGCUUCCUGAUGUCCACUCAGGCUAUGGGUUUGCCAUAGGGAACAUGGCUGCCUUUGAUAUGAACGACCCUGAGGCUGUUGUAUCCCCAGGCGGUGUCGGAUUUGAUAUUAACUGUGGUGUCCGCUUGCUAAGAACCAAUUUAGAUGAGAGCGAUGUGCAGCCUGUGAAGGAGCAGCUUGCCCAAGCUAUGUUUGACCACAUCCCUGUUGGGGUGGGAUCAAAAGGUGUCAUUCCGAUGAAUGCCAAAGACUUGGAAGAGGCGUUGGAAAUGGGUGUGGACUGGUCCCUGAGAGAAGGCUAUGCCUGGGCCGAAGACAAGGAGCACUGUGAGGAGUAUGGAAGGAUGCUGCAGGCCGACCCCAAUAAGGUCUCACCCAGAGCAAAGAAAAGGGGCCUUCCUCAGUUGGGGACCCUGGGAGCAGGCAACCACUAUGCAGAAAUCCAGGUUGUAGAUGAGAUUUUCAAUGAGUAUGCCGCCAAGAAAAUGGGCAUCGACCACAAGGGGCAGGUGUGCGUGAUGAUCCACAGCGGGAGCAGAGGCUUGGGCCACCAAGUAGCUACAGAUGCACUGGUAGCUAUGGAAAAGGCCAUGAAGAGAGACAAGAUUAUAGUCAAUGACCGGCAGUUGGCUUGUGCUCGGAUUGCAUCCCCAGAGGGACAAGACUAUCUAAAGGGAAUGGCUGCGGCUGGAAACUAUGCCUGGGUUAACCGCUCCUCUAUGACCUUCUUAACCCGUCAGGCUUUUGCCAAAGUCUUCAACACAACCCCCGACGACCUGGACCUGCAUGUGAUUUAUGAUGUCUCUCACAAUAUCGCCAAAGUGGAGCAGCACGUGGUAGACGGAAAGGAGCGGACGCUGCUGGUGCACAGGAAGGGGUCCACCCGUGCUUUCCCUCCUCACCACCCCCUCAUUGCUGUGGAUUACCAGCUCACUGGACAGCCAGUGCUUAUUGGUGGCACCAUGGGGACCUGUAGUUAUGUUCUGACUGGCACUGAACAAGGCAUGACUGAGACCUUUGGAACAACCUGUCAUGGAGCGGGCCGUGCUUUGUCCAGAGCAAAAUCGCGUCGUAAUUUAGAUUUCCAAGAUGUCUUAGACAAGCUGGCAGAUAUGGGAAUCGCAAUCCGGGUUGCUUCACCCAAGCUGGUUAUGGAAGAGGCUCCAGAGUCCUACAAGAACGUGACAGACGUCGUGAACACCUGCCAUGAUGCUGGGAUCAGCAAGAAGGCCAUUAAACUGAGACCAAUUGCUGUCAUUAAAGGGUAGAUCCAGUCUCUGGUGCCCACGGACUGAACUCCUAAGACAGCAGCCUCGAGGCCUGACAGGAUCCGAACUGCAGAGCUGCUGCUGUGCGAGCCACAAUGGCUGGUGCAGAGGCUGCUGUCACGGGAUUGGAAAAUCGCCUUCCAGGGGACAAGUGUCUGGGAGCAGGGCAAAUGAGCCUCUUCUUCCUUUGUCCCACGGGGGUUUGUGACUUGUCUACUGGGGUGUGGGAAGGGGUCCAGAAAUGCCCUGCUUGGUCAUACAAGUCUGUAACCACCAGAGUGGACUUCUUCACACCAAGCUUGUUUAUAGCCCAGUAGGUAUCAUGGAGAACAUUCUAGUAAAUAGGUUUUUGAAUGUU